AAGUUGGCCAGUGGUUCAAAGCUGAUUAACGGCCAUUUUCUUCAUUCUAUUAUAUCAUUUUACCUUUUUCAGUCCAGUAUCAGAUUCUCACACUCUCACUGUUCAGUAUUUCUUUCCCUGAUUUUCUCUGGAUCGUGCUUUCCCAUGUUUCCCCCCUCCCCAGAAUUACCAGAUUGGUUGUAUGAAUACUUCUUCAAAACAAUUAGCAGGAAAACAGAUGCUUUCUUUUAGAGGAUCAUGCGAGUUGGAGCUCUCUGCUAUUUUACAUGUAUUUUGAAGUAAAACUAUAAUAAAAAGAAUGAAGUUUGUGGUGGUGGUGGGCAAAGCUUUUGCUUUAUUGGUUUUGGGGUUCCUGAUUUUGACCGUAAAGUGCGGGGGCGAAGAGAACCCGCCGCCGCCGCCGGCUGAGACUGUUGUGAAUGUUGGGGCAGUUUUCACCUUCAAUUCAGUCAUUGGCAGGGCAGCAAAGGCUGCCCUAGAGAUUGCCCUCUCUGAUAUAAAUGAAGAUCCCACCAUUCUCCAUUCCACUAAGCUCAACAUCACCAUGGUGGAUGCUAAUUCCAGUGCUUUUUUGGCCACCUUAGGAGUGUUUCAGGUUAUUGAAAACCAAGCGGUGGCAAUAAUAGGACCAGAAUCCUCAGCAAUAACACACAUGAUAUCUUUCAUAGCCACUGGUCUUUCAGUCCCUCUCAUCUCAUUUUCAGCCACUGACCCAACUCUAUUGCCAUCCCAAUCUCCCUUCUUCAUUCGGAUGGCACAAAGCGAUUCCCUACAAAUGUCUGCUUUGGCCGACCUCAUUCGGUUUCAUCGAUGGAGGGAAGUCAUGGCCAUAUAUGUGGAUGAUGAAUAUGGACGUAACGGGAUAUCUUAUUUAGGAGAUCAACUUGCUAGGGGAAUGUCAUAUAUCCACUUUAAGUUCCCAUUAUCCACCAACUUUGAUUCAAGUGAGCUAACAACAGCACUAAACAAUUCAAAAAAAUUGGGCCCACGUGUUUACGUUGUCCACAUCUAUCCCGAUUCAAUGUUGAGAUUCUUUAAAGUUGCACAGAAGUUGGAUAUGAUGAGAAGUAACUAUGUUUGGUUUGCAACAGAUUGGCUUUCUUCUAGUCUAGAGUCAUCCCUUCAAAACCAAACAUCUUUAGGAUUUCUUGAAGGAGUAGUAGGGCUGCGUCCUUAUAUUCCUAAAACAAGAAAGAAAGACGCUUUCAUGUUUCGGUGGAGAAAUUUGGUAAACAAGAAUUUUGUGAAUUCUGAGUUGAUCACGCAUGCAGUGUAUGCUUAUGAUAGUAUGUGGGUCAUAGCACUCGGAAUCGAUGCUCUUCUUCGAGAGGGAAAGAACCUUACCUUUUCCUUUAGCAAAGGUAAUACCCAAAUUGAGAGAUUUAAAGUGUUCAGAGAAGGAGAAGAUCUUCUCAAGAUUUUAACUCAAACAAACUUCAAGGGAUUGAUAGGAAAUGUCCAUUUUGAUGAGUUCCAGAGCUUGGUCGGGAGCGGAUAUGAGGUUUUCAAUAUUGCAGAAGGGAGUAUUCACACGGUCGGCUAUUGGUCAAAUUUUUCCGGGCUCUCUAUUUCACCACCUCCUUUAAUUCCCAUCCCAAACAAUAAGAGCCAAACUGCAAAGGAGUUUAAUUAUAAGCUUGGAAAUGUUGUCUGGCCUGGCGGCGUGAGGUCAACACCUCGUGGUUGGCUUCUUGCAGACAAUGAGAAGCCGUAUAGAAUCGGAGUUCCAAGGAAGACCAGCUUCACAGAAUUUGCAAGAUUGAAUGACAAGAAUGAGAUGGAGGGAUAUUGCAUUGAUGUUUUUAAUAAAGCAAGCAGAUUACUUCCUUACAAUAUCAAAUACGAAUUCGUGCCUUUUGGAGACGGCCUUUCUAAUCCAAGUUAUAAUGACCUUGUUAACAUGGUCGCCAAUGAUAACUUUGAUGCGGCGGUUGGAGACAUUGCUAUAGUGACAAGCAGGACGAGGAUUGUGGAUUUUACUCAGCCUUACAUGGAUAGUGGGCUUGUGAUUGUAGGUCUGCUUGAUGAUUCAAAAGCAAGUGCUUGGGUAUUUCUAAAGCCGUUUACACCAGAAAUGUGGGUUGUCACGGGGUUGUCAUUUCUGGUUAUAGCAGUGGUGGUUUGGAUUCUCGAGCAUCGUGUCAAUGAUGACUUCCGGGGUCCGCCCAAGAGACAGCUUAUCACAAUGCUAUUGUUCAGCUUCUCAACCCUAUUCAAGACAAAUGCUGAAAAUACGAUUAGCACCCUUGGGAGGAUAGUGAUGCUGGUAUGGCUAUUUCUACUACUGGUUGUGACCUCAAGCUACACAGCAAGCUUGACAUCAAUCUUAACUGUUCAGCAGCUUUCAUCACCAAUCACGGGAAUAGACAGCUUGGUUGCAACCAAAUGGCCCAUCGGGUAUCUAGUCGGCUCAUUCGUGCCUGCUUAUUUGAGAGAUAAUUACAAUGUCCCUCCUUCAAGACUCGUUUGCCUACACUCUCCUGAAGAGUACGAAUCUUCACUACGGCGUGGUCCAGGGAGAGGAGGGGUUGCUGCUAUUGUUGACGAGCUUCCAUAUGUAGAAUUGUUUCUAGCUAACCGGACUGAUUUUGGCAUCAUCGGGCAGCCGUUUACAAAGAAAGAAUGGGGUUUUGUCUUCCAGAAAGAUUCUCCAGUUGCAGUUGACAUGUCUACUGCAAUCCUCAAACUUUCUGAGAGCAAAAAGCUUUAUGAGAUCUAUAAGAAAUGGUUUUGCAAGCCAAUAUGUCCAUCAGAGCGGGGAAGAACAGCAGAGCCCAACGAGAGCCAACUAAGUAGUUUUUGGGGACUGUAUAUUUUAUGUGCUGGCGUUAGUGUCAUUGCCCUCUCAAUCUUUUUGUUCAGGACGGUUCGCCAAUAUAUGCGUUAUAAAAGGAAGCAGUUGGAAUCAUCAUCAUCAUCAUCCAAUACCGGCUUCUCUCAGGUAGUCUGCAAUUUUUUGCAGUUCAUUGACGAGAAGGAAGAAGCCAUCAAAGCCUUUUUUACUCAGCAUGACAGUCCUCCUUAGUAACUAUCCCUGUAUCUGAUAACAUUGUAGCGGGCUUCUCCUAGUUAAUCAUGGAUCAAUUGUUUGCUUGAUUAUGAACCAUAUUGCUUCAAAUGUACAUAAAGAAGUUUGGUGUUUUCUUCGUGCAGCUCAAAUGUACAUAUAUUAUUGCCACAAACUCUUUUAAAACUCCUUUUGGUGUGUUCUACCGUUUCAUUUUUGAGCCUUAAUUAGUUU